GCUGAGAACCUGAAGGAAAACGCAUGUGGAAGGUUUUCUUUUUGAUGUCCUGGUGGUUCGUUUUAACGAUUUGAGAUGAUUUUUUUACAUAAACAACUGGCUUUGUUCCUGACUGUAUUUCUGCUGAGAAGCCAGGUUGUGGCUGAAGAGCAAGAAACGUUGCUCAGCCUGUGGGGGAAGGUGGCUGACCUGACUGGAUCGAGCCACUGGAUAUUAAAGCCCCAGAUGUUCAUCCCCGCCCUGCAGGAACUCACCGUCUGCCUUAACGUGAAGCUGGAGGUCAAAGGUUUCCCACCUUGGACAAUCUUCAUGUAUCGUCAUCCUGAGGUUCAGUACGCAGAGCUGGGGAUGGGGGGAAGGAACGAUCGCUUGGUGGUUUGGCUGUUUGGAGAGGAAUGGACCACCCAGGACAUCAACCUCCAGUUGAUGCAGUGGUACGCCCUGUGCCUCACCUGGUCCCAUACGAGGAACAGGCCUGCCCUCUAUGUUAACGGGAGCCUAAUUAACAUGACAGCAGCUUACACAAACAUCCCUCCUGUUGCUGCACCAAUGUGCUGCCAGCUGGCCCCGAAUGGAUCUCUCACACUCGGGGUCGGACACACCAUCAACAAUGGGAACAUCGAGAUCAUUAAGUACAGCGGUAUGGUGGGAAAAAUUUCCCUUUUUCGAAUGUGGGGGAGAGAACGAAGCACAGAGGAAGUGACAUCACUGAGCUGCACAGAAGGGGAUCUGGUGAAGUGGGUGAGGGACAACUGGGACACGAAGAACUAUGACCCGGUCCGUGAUACCAGCCUGCAAUGUGAAUGGUCCUUUUAUGAGGUGAAUCUCCAGUUUGUGAUCAUGCGCACCGACAAAAACACAACAGAGCACUACAUAGCCAGAGACAUCGCACAUCGCUGGCUCAGACAGGUUUUACCGACUGAAAUCUAUUUACACAGAGUGUCUGUGUUUGAAGUAACCAGAUCCGACACAGAGGAACACAUAAAAACGCCUUAUGAAGAUGAACUGAUGCAAUGGGCUCCUGAAAAUAUUUCCAGGUUCCGCUGCCUUGUUUACACCAGCGUCAUCCCAAAGUGGGACGUUGCGGCUGUUCAAACAGAAAUGUACACUGACCUUUCAAACACCUACACUGACCCCAGCGGUCUGCUGCUGCUCCUAGCCGACACCAGCUCCAUCUACACCACCCCUGUUGAAAGAUUUUCCAUGAUGACCAUCAGCCCUCAGGUUGUCACGUCAGCGUCCGCUCCUGUCACAACCUCCACUCCAACCACCAUGACAUCCUCUGCUUUCACCCAAUUAACAACUCUGGAAACAUCGACCAUCAGCAUAAUUUCUGGUACCAAAGAAACCGCCACCAACCCCAUCACCAGAACCCCUGGAAACGUCUCUGAACUCUACUUUGAAGUCCAAAUGAACGUCUCCAUAACGGGAGAAUGUGACCCACAACAGAUCCUUCCCUAUUGGCUUAACAUCAGUCUGCCUGAUGACUUAAUGAUGGUGUUGGAUCUGCAGCUGCUCCCCAAACCAGAAAGACGUCAUCCUGAAAGGAAGCAUCGCUCAAACCAAGUGUUCAUAAAUGAAGACUCAAGAGAGAGCUUCGUUUUCCAGGUCCAAGUGUUGACGCAAUUAGACCAAAAUGAAAUUGAAAACAAAAUAUGGAACUGUCUCCAGAGUCCCUAUGACAAUGGGUUGUUCUCCAUAACAGCACACGACAUAAGGAUAUGUCCCAUAUCGGUUAUUCAGUGUGCUGCCGAAGCCCAGCAGACCCUAAAAGGCCUGUUCAUGUGGCCUGACACUCUAGGAAGACAAAAUGCUACAUAUCCCUGCCCCAAAGCCCCUCAGUACUCUGCAACCCGACUUUGUAAACUGUCCCAGAGGACUCACUGGAUGGAGCCAAAUCUUGAAAACUGCCCUCCAUUGGUGGAAACUAUCCCUGACCUGGAUCAUGUUGAAGUCACUCCUGAAAAUGCAUUUGACGUGUUGAAGAUGAUUAAGGAUUUAAUGAGAAACCACUCCAGUCUCAUCUACAAAGAGCUGGUCACAGUCCUCAACAAGCUGAAGGACAUCAUCAGCGUCAGCGUUGUCACACCAGAUCUUGGCCAAGCUCUGAUCGACACCAUUUCCAACAUACUGGAAUCGGACAGCAACCUGGGGCCGUUUACAAACACUAUUCUGAACCUCACAGAGGAGGUGGGAGACAAAAUGGUGGGUUACAAGGGCUCCUACACGCUUGGUGCUCGAGCUAUCGCUAUCUCAGUGGUGGAUGUGUCUCCUGGACCGUUUAGCAGCCUGAGCUUUGGAGUUCUUUCUGAUUGGUCCGGCAACAAACCUGAGAUUUUUAUCAACAGGUAUCCGUCAGACGGCAUGGUGGCUUUCAUUUCCCUGCCGUCUGCCCUGCAGAACAACUUCCCACAAAACGGCCUCAACCAGAACCAACCUAGAAUCCAGUUUCAGUUCUACGCCAACCCACUACUCUUUAAGUAUCAGGUGAAUGAAAAGGAGCCUUUCCUCAGCACCUUUGUGGUGUCAGCCAGUGUGUCCAACGCCAGCUCACCAAUUAAAGACCUUCAUGAAGAAGUUAAAGUCAUGCUCCACCAUCUGCAGCCUAGUGUGCAUGAUAGACAAAUGCAGUGUGUGUACUGGAACUUCAAUAAAAACAACGGACACGGGGGCUGGGAUGAUCACGGCUGCCGAAAAUAUAACAGCACCCCUGAUUACACAACGUGUCUCUGCGAUCAUCUCACACACUUUGGAGUUCUUCUGGACGUGUCCAGGACUCAGCUGGACCCGCUCCAUGAACAGAUCCUGACUAUUAUCACAUAUGUUGGCUGCGGAGUCUCCUCCCUGUGCUUAGGAAUCACCAUUCUCACGUACAUAGCCUUUGAGAAGCUUCGUAGAGACUACCCCUCUCAGAUCCUCAUAAACCUCUCGCUAGCCCUGCUGGGAUUGAACCUGAUGUUUCUCAUCAACUCCUGGUUGUCCUCCUGGAGUGUUUACGGUGUCUGUGUGGCAGCAGCCUCCCUGCUGCACUACUUCCUCCUAGCAUCCUUCACCUGGAUGGGAUUAGAGGCUGUCAACAUGUACUUUGCCCUGGUUAAAGUCUUCAAUGUCUAUGUUCCUUCGUAUAUCCUCAAGUUUUGUGCUCUGGGAUGGGGUAUUCCUCUGGUGAUCUGCAUCAUGGUUCUCAUUGUGAAUCGGGAUGCAUACGGUAGUUUCUCUGGGAAUGCUGAGCACACUUUCCAACCUUUGGACAACUCUGAUAACUUCUGCUGGGUUCAAGAUAAUGUGACAUAUUAUGUGUCUGUGGUUGCCUACGCUGGGUUGAUCUUUCUCUUCAACAUCGGGGUCUUUGUGGUGGUUCUGAUUCAGAUCCGCCACAUGCGGUUCAACAGCCCGGCCGGGACCCGGAGAGGGGUGCUGCAGGACCUGAAGGGAGCUGCCAGCCUCACCUUUUUACUCGGGCUAACAUGGACUGUAGGUUUCUUUACCUGGGCACCAGCAAGGGCAGUUCUGAUGUACCUGUUCGCCGGACUCAACACCCUGCAAGGACUUUUUGUCUUCCUGUUCCACUGUCUGAUGAAGGAGAACGUGAGAAAACAGUGGAGGAUUCAUCUUUGCUUUGGCCGAUUUCGACUUGAGGAGCACUCUGAGUGGAGCAAUUCAGCAUCAGUUCGAGUACUUGCAAAGCCCAAAGAAAAGUUUUUAAGAGCAGCGAUUCCAUCUGUCCGUUCUGUCAAGUCCAACUCCACAAACAGUACUUCAGCCUCUUCCGACUCCAGCCAGAGAGACUCGUCCUGCAGGAGGCCAAACCUCGAUCUUUUUGUGAACAGCCUGGUUCUUCCUCGAGCCCAGACCGGAGCCCCAGAUACAGAAUCUCUGAACCCGACAUCUGGAUAAACGACCAGCCACAGCAAUAAAACAACCACCCAAAGUGCUAACCUGCACACAUCCCGUCAUUUACUCGCAUCUCUCUUUCAGAGGCAACAGAUGUCUACAUUUAAGCAGUGCACACAGCAUCGGCUUCAUUAGCUAAUUUUUCCACACAGUGCUAUUGUUAGUUUUGUUUCCGCUAAAUAUUGUAAAAGAGCCUGUAAUUUCAGAGAGGAGCGGUUGCAUCAGUACCAAGGAGGAGUUGGUUGCCAAGCAACUGGUGAGAGGAGCGAUGGUGACAAUGAACUGUGAAACAUUUUGUGUAAAAAAAAAAAAAGAUAAUAAAAUCCAAAAUUUAAGGUGACAGGUUUGGCCCCUUUUUAUUCUUUGCUCAAUUUUUAAACGUUUUGAUCAUUUCUCAGUUACUUUAUGCACAAAAUGUCAGUGGAGAUUUUUAGGGCAGCUUUGUUCUUGUGUAAAAUCUGACACCUUUUGUUUGAUUAGCAUAUGGUGGUUUUCAGCUGCUCAUUGUAGUGAUUUCCCCCCUAUUACAGGUAUUUUAACCACUGUCUCUGCCAAUAUAUGUCUGUCUGUGUGUACACUAUUAAACUUAGCGAUGUUUAUGUACAAAAAAAAA